UAUAAUUAUUAUUGUUAUGUUUUAGCUGUUCAUAAGACGGAUGUGUCAGUCUCUUGUGUUUUGUAACAAAACAUAGGCUACUGAAUUGUGCAGAAUUAAAUUUUUGCCAUCCACAUUAAACAAACGUUUUUCGAAUUCAGGGUAAAAACAUUUAAGCAGUCCAAGAUCAUUCUCGUUUUUAUUGUCACGCUCUUCAAACUGCGUUGAUCUGUACAUAUUUUUCAUAUAUUGUCUUCGUCUGCGUGUGGUAGUAAUUUUAGUUUGCCUUAAGAGCUCCAAAUGUCAGCGAUGAAAACAGAUUUGUUCUUUCCCCUGGCGAGACUCCAUGCAGGUCUGCAGUUCCUUAUUAAAUAAUAGCCUACUUAUAUAAAAAAAUAAGUAAAUAAUAAUGAUAACAGUAAACAUAACCAUAAUAAUAAUAAUAAUAAAAAGACCGGAAUUGUUUAGUUUAUUUCAAUGUGGAGUGAGUAUGUGUGCGCUCUGUCCUGGUCAGAGACAGUCCCCCAGGGACUUCGACAGGUUUGCGGUGUUUCUCGCAAUACCCACCCCCCAAAAAAUUACAAAUAAUAAUAAUAAUAAAUAAAACCGGGGUAAUUCUUAGUUAUAGCAAUCAGAAAUUAAUAAAACAAUAAAUAAAUAAAUAAAUAAAAGUCCGCGUGUGUGUGAGGGAGAUUUAAAAGACACUUAAUAAAUCACAUGACAUCACAGUAAUUCAACUCUUUCAAUUUGAAGAUCUAUAACGCACUGCUAUUGCACUAGAAUCAAAUAAGUUAACGCGGUCUUAAGUCCUUUAUUUGAAUGUAGAACUAAAAUAAUAAUAUAGUUCAGCACAUGUUAAAAUCUGGAAAAAAACAUUUGUACUCCAAGUUGUGGCUUUUCCGAGAACAAUGCAUUGGUGCAAGGGGGGAUCUGUCCUGCAUCGCCGAGGUGAUUAAUUAUCUACGGGACUUCACAGCGUCUGUGGAUGAGCUUUCAGCUAAACACUCUGCUGCCGGAAAACAAGCCUCAAAUAGUCGUAAAGAGAAGGCCUCUUUUCGGGACAUGUCUUCUUUCUUUUGUUUGUUGAGGUAGACUUGAUAGAUCACGGCUGUGUGAAAAGAUGGUAUGGCUAAAAGUUAUUAUAUCUAAGUAGCCUACCUUCUAGUGUUAAAACAUGUUCAGUUUUUUUUAGUGUGUUGCAGUGUUGACACAAGCAAGCUCACAGAUACCAGAUGUGUUUACCACCGAUAUUAAUAACAUUAACUUCCAUUACUUACUUGACUGAUACACCGUUAUCACCGAGAGAGGGCCACCUUGCACACAUAUAUAUUAGAUUUUAAAAUAUGUCAGGCAAAUUACCAAAUAACUUACGUUGUAUUUUAAGAGACAUGGUCAAAGGGCAAAAUCGGCUAAAAUCUUUUUUUUAUUGAUUUUGUAUAGAAAUAAUAUUAUUUUACCCUAUUGUGCUAAUAUGAUCUAUUCCCUUUUCCAGUAUCAAUGCCAUAUAAGCAGACUAUUAAUGUAACGAGGUCCAAAUAUAUUUUUAAAAAAUCUGGGAUGUUUUAACACAAAUUUGGUUAAAACAUGGACAAACCAAUUAAAAUUUAAUCAAGCUGGAUUUGUCCAUUUUUUACACAAAAUUUUGUUAAAACGAAUGAAGAUUUUUCUGAAAUAUGCUUUUAUGGAUCCAACCUAGCCAACAAACAUUAAGGUUCACGCUUUGUUUCUGCUUAAAUACAACUCAAAAUAGUAGUCCAUACAUGCUGCUUUUAUCUUUGUUAUCCGACUAAAAGGGGACGAACUACACUCGCCAUUAAUGAUUCACAGAUAAAAAAGAUUUCCUCUUUAAAAGACGAUGGGUCACGUGAGUGGGGCGCAUAAUAUGGUUGCGAUAUUAUGAUGAAGGGGGUGGAUGGCAUACGAACCCCGGUCUGCUGUUGUGCUGAUAGCGCUAGUCUACUUCACCACAGCGGGGCUGGGUCAUUGUGGACUUGCAGUAAUGCCGGAGAUAUAGGGAGAGAAAAAAUGUAAAAGAACGAAAGCACCAUACGUUUUGCGGAUGAUGCUAUACAGCUGUCAUGAACGGAUAUGUUUUUCCACACUGAAAAAGACAGAAAGUCCUGCGCACCGUGAGGAUGGAUUUUAUUUUGAGAUCUCCCUACAAAUGAAUGUGCCCCAGUACUAAAGCAACGGGAGCUGUUUUGUUUAAGGUUCACCCGUAGAGCCCAUUGGCGAAGAGGUGUCACGUGACUACGUUGGGCCAAUGUUCUUCUACAAAGGUGUCAGGACCUUGUCAGAAAGAGAAAUAAACAUUGGGAAACGGCGAGAUGCAAAAGGCAACCUACUGCGACGGCUCGGCAAUUUACAGUGGCUUCCCCUAUCAAAGCGCAAACGGUUUAGGUUAUGAUGCCAAUCAGCAGCAAUAUCUCCAGGCCAUUCAUGUGGAAAGUGAGUACCAUCGACCGGCCUGCUCUCUGCAGUCCCCUGGUAUAUCUGCAGGUCUGCACAAAUCCAAUGAAAUUUCCGAGGUCUGCCAACAAAUUAACGGGACACAAGCCCCAGUACCAGACACCUCCGACAACAACCAGCCCCCUACUGCCCCUUCUGGACCAGCGUCCCCCAAUUCCAUGAAUCAAAAUCCGAGCAAUGAUUCCGCCGCAAAGAAUCCAGGACACGAAUCACCAACACCAUCCACAAGGAAACAAAUUUUCCCUUGGAUGAAGGAGUCCCGUCAGAACACAAAGCAGAAAUCCUGUAGUAUCAUUUCAGUAGAGAGCUGCGCUGGAGACAAGAGUCCCCCUGGUUCGGCCGCCUCUAAGCGCGCUCGUACAGCAUACACAUCUGCUCAACUCGUGGAGUUGGAGAAAGAGUUCCAUUUUAACCGUUACCUCUGCCGACCACGACGAGUGGAAAUGGCAAAUCUGCUUAACCUGACGGAAAGGCAGAUUAAAAUAUGGUUCCAGAAUCGCAGGAUGAAGUACAAGAAAGACCAGAAGGGGCUUGGAAUGAUGCCCUCUCCUGGAGCACAGUCUCCUCACAGCCCAGUAUCCUUGUCAUCCGGGGGCGGAGGAGGGGGUGGGAGUGCAUAUUUAAGUUCAAUGCAUUCUUUGGUUAACAGCGUACCCUAUGACUCACCCUCUCCAGCAUCCUAUAACAAACCUCAGUCUAAUACGUACAGCCUUCCCACGUCAUAUCCUCCUCUAAACAACUGCCCGCCUUCCCAGAAGCGGUAUCAGGGGACUGGUACAGCCACUCCAGAAUACGACACGCAUCAUCUACAAGGCAACAACAAUUACGGAACGCAAGUGCAGGGCAGCCCUGUCUAUGUCAGUGGCGGUGGAGGUUACUCGGAUUCUUUGGUGGGUAUGGGGGCCUCGGUUUUUGGCCUGACGCAUCUACCGCAUCCAUCUCAAGGCAAUAUAGACUACAAUGGCGCUAUUACCAUGGCAAACAGCCAUCAGCAAGGAGCGUGCGAUCCAAACCCAUGCACAUUCACAGACCUAACACCACACUAUUCUCAGGGAAGAAUUCAGGAAGCGCCCAAACUGACGCAUUUAUAGUGGCGCUACAGUGUAUUUUGUCCCCGUCAACGGCACACAUUUGGGUUCCUUGUAUUGACUGAAUAGCUGCGUUUAUUGGGUUCAUAGUUUUCCUGACCUUGCCUCAGGUGAAACGACCUUGUUGUUGGUUCUACUUUACACGUUUAGAAAGGAAAAUGAAGUUCUUCUAAGCUCAAAUGCCAUGGUAUCAUGGGGAUAUAUUUAGGCCUUUUUAAACAAAUCCGAUACAGGGUAAGAGCAAAACACAAUUUUAUAUGUUAUGUAUAAAUGUGAAUUUAAGUAUUCAAAUUUGUUCGCAGUCCACGAUUUCUUUUCUGUUUUGCAUUUUGCACUUGAGGAAAUAUCCAUGUUAUUCAGCAGUCUUAAAAUACAGCGUGAGUGUCUUUAAAAUGUAUUUAUUUGUUUCCAUGGCCAGUAGAUUGUGUUAUUUAGCCCAGUUCCUCCAGAAAAUGGGUAGAAGGGAAACACUUUUCCCUGUAAUAUCAAAGGUGAAACACAUGAACAAAUAAAUGUAAAAAGGCAAGACUAUUUAUGAAAGGUCAAAGUGUUCGAAUACUAGUGUGUGCGAAUGUUAACCAUGCCAUGCUUAAACAGUCGAAAGUCAACGAUCAAAUGCUCAUACUUUUUUAUUUGUUCAAAUAUUUAGGCAUUCCAUGUUAGAUAUUCCAUGCUGCUCCACUUCUGAAAAAAAUAAAUAAAUAAAAGAAAGAAUCUAA